AAAAGCAAUGACAGGGAUGACCAAAAAUUACCUCUACAAAUCUCGAAACCCUUUUCAAAAUUCAACUGCCAAUUGAAGUCCAGACAUAUUUGCCACCCUGCACUGCCGGUUCAUCAAUGAAACACAAAUCCAAAAAAAUCCCCAACAAUCAUAAUCCAUGGCUAAUAGAUUCAAAUUUCAUGAAUUGGGUUGAAUUUGGAUUGUAUGUUUGUGAGUCGUGUGUGUAUGUGUGCUCAUGCUUCAGCAGAUGUGCGAGUAUGAAGAAUGAGGACCUUCCAUUGUGCACUGGAAACAUUUGUUACGCUUCAAAAUGAGAGAUGUGGAAGAAGGAUUGUACUUCUAUCUUAGGUAAAGCAUUUGCAGUGUUGUUGCUGCAAAACCAAUGACCAAAGAGGCUGGUGGAAUGAUGGCAGACAGAUUUGGUUUUUCCAUUAUGAGGAUUCCAUGAGCAGUUGAGAACUUUCGCCUUCCCUGCUAAUAUAAAUUUAUGAGCAUAUUAUGUGUCAUGCUCGAGCGAUAAUGGGUGUGAGGUGGUUCAGUUGGUGCUGGAGGGGUUGUGAUUAUGGGAAAUCAACCAUUCUUAGAUUGCUCUUCAGGUUUUUUGACACCGAUUCUGGACAUGUAAGAAGAGAUGCUUCUCUUAUACACCUUUGUCUUUUGGCUAUCAUUAUGGCCAUUUCUAACUGGCCAAGUCCUGUGAUUCGGAUAGAUGGUCAAGAUAUACGGAAGGUGACACUUGAGAGUCUUCGGAAGCCUAUUGGUGUGGUUCCACAGGAUACAGUUUAUGAUGCUGCUAGAAGGGCAGCAAUUCACAACACCGUUAUGAACUUCCCAGACAAAUAUUCUACGGCGGUAGGGGAACGAGGGCUUAAGCUAAGUGGUGGUGAGAAGCAGCAGGUGGCACUAGCUCGUGCAUUCUUAAAAGCACUGUCCAUUUUUGUAAGUGCCAUCUUCUUUACUCCUGAUUGACAUAGUGACAAGGUUUAAUUUGUUAAAAAUGUCUCCUAUUUGAGUGCCCUCGAUUAAGAUAAACUGUUUGUGUGACACUGCAUGUUCUGUGCAAGGUAAUUUUCUUAGUAUUAUUACCUGUGCAUGUAAUGGAGGAACUGAUGAACCUGUAAUCAACUGAGUAAAUAAUUCAGGAUCCUGAUCCUCUACUCUCUUUGUUGUAAGUAAACCCUUCGUCAAUUGAAAUCUGGC